AUCAAAUCCUACUUUUAUUUUCCUUGCACAAAAAGAAACCCAAACCAAACCAAAUCAAACCAAACCCCCAUUUCAUUCCUUCCUUCCUUCAAAACCUCCCUCCAACUCUCAAGUCUCAAACCUUCAACACUCCACAAUUCACUCACUCUCCAACUUUCUCUCUCCUAAAGAUGUUCAGAAACCAGUAUGACACCGACGUAACAACAUGGAGUCCAGCAGGUCGGCUAUUCCAAGUAGAAUACGCCAUGGAAGCAGUGAAGCAAGGUUCUGCUUCAAUUGGUCUCCGAUCUAAGACCCAUGUUGUUCUUGCUUGUGUUAACAAAGCUCAAUCCGAACUCUCUUCUCAUCAACGUAAGAUCUUUAAGGUUGAUGACCAUAUUGGUGUCGCCAUUGCUGGUCUUACUGCCGAUGGUCGUGUUCUGUCCAGAUAUAUGAGAUCCGAAUCUAUUAAUUAUAAAUUUACCUAUGAAUCUUCUCUUCCUGUUGGUCGCCUUGUUGUUCAACUCGCUGAUAAGGCUCAGGUCUGCACACAACGUUCAUGGAAGCGGCCUUACGGUGUUGGUCUGUUGGUUGGUGGUUUGGAUGAAUCUGGAGCCCAUCUCUACUACAACUGUCCCAGUGGAAAUUACUUUGAGUAUCAGGCUUUUGCUAUUGGGUCACGCUCACAGGCUGCAAAAACCUACUUGGAACGCAAAUUUGAAACAUUUGAUGGUGCUUCACGAGAAGAGCUGAUCAAACAUGCACUCUUUGCAAUAAAAGAAACUUUACAGGGAGAGAAGCUCACAAGCUCCAUAUGCACAGUUGCUGUGGUGGGAGUUGAUGAGCCAUUCCAAGUGUUAGAUCAGCAGAUGGUCCAAGAUUUGAUUAACUCAUUUCAGACAGCUGAGGAAGAAGGCUCUGCACCUGAAGAAGCAGCCGCAGUUCCAGAGGAGGGGGCUGCUGCAGCUGCCGACCAGGGUGCAUCCGAUCUCGGUGCUGCUCCCAUGGAAGAAUGAAGAUUGCUUCUAUCUCUAGGGUUUUAAUGAGCCUUUUUGGCGAUGGACUGAUAAGAGAACCAGUAGGAUGUUAAAUGUGAUGAUCAUCAAUUAACUAUCUUCUACCUUUGCUGGAUAUUCUUUUUUUAUGCACCUUUUAGCUUCAUAUCAUCAAUGCCAAUGUCUUAAGUGGUAACCCCUAUUCUUGAACUUGGAAGUACGAUGUGUCUUGGGAUGGGUGGUUGAAAUUUGGAGGAUUGCCACAUUUGUUACUGGUUUUGAUUAGUCCGUAAUUUGGCUCAGUAGGUUAUAUAGGUUGUUUUUAGGAUUAUUGGACUUGCCAUUAAGUCACUUUGGAAUUUGGAUUGCUUAUUCAUGUCCUAUA